GGCGAGCAGUGGAUAAGGUGCCAGUUGUGCGCAUCUUUGGAUCCACCACUAUGGGGCAACGAACCUGCCUGCACUUGCACGAAGCUCUCCCUUAUUUCUACGUGCCAUACGAUGACGACCUGCCUCAGGAUCUGGCUAAAGCACGAAUCUUCAUGCGCCAGCUGGCUUCAGCACUGGAGUAUGCACUCAAGGUUGCAAGCCCCUAUGCGCGCAAGAGGCAGCACGUGCAUGCGUGCUCUCUGGUGCGAGCUCUGCCCUUCUACGGUUACCACCCCAACGAAUGCCUCUUCAUCAAGCUGGAGAUGUUCUAUCCGGAUGAAGUGACCCGUGCUGCAUUCAUCCUCCAGUCAGGAGCAGUGAUGGGGCGAGUGUUCCAGCCAUACGAGUCUCACAUCCCGUACCUCCUGCAAAUCAAGAUAGACUACAAUCUCGUGGGCAUGGGUCUCGUCCGCCUCUCUCAAGUCCUUUUCAGACCACCCCUUCCCACGCACCCUCCUCCUCACACCUCUCCUCCACCUCCACCUGCUGCUGGGGACGUGAAGAGAAUCGGAGGGGUGUAUUUCGCAGGAAACGUCCCUCCAGGGUGCUUCUGGGGGGCCAGAAGGCAGGAGGGCGGACGCACAUUCGAGGCAAGGGGAAGCAUGGGGAGGAAGAGGGGGAGAUGGUGUGAGGAGAAUCUACCUGAAAGGCGUGAAGGGCGUUCAGGGAUGGACGGUGUGCGUCGGCAGAGUGUGUGCGAGCUGGAGGCGGAUGGGUGCGUGUCAGACAUACUGAACGUGAAUGACCUCCUGCGAGUGCCUCUCCACGAGGCUGGGGAUGACAUUCAGAUGGUGCCCUCGCUCGCCCCCAUCUGGGAGCCCCACUGCCUCUGUCUUUUGCACCUGCGUGCCAAUCUGCCCGCCCCAGCACAGACAGCUUCUGGAGAGCACAGACAGCCGGCUGUUGCUGCUGAGAGCCCUCUUCUGUCAUGCUCCCAGCCCGCCAACCGGCAAUCUCCAGCACAGACAGCAGUGGGAAACAUGGGCUUGAAUUCAGGAGGAAGGGCUACGCGUGAUGGCUUGGAUGGUGGGGACAGAUGGGUGGAGGGCGGUGGUUGGGGGAUGGAAAGUGCGAGGAAGCGGAGGAGAAGAGUGUCGUUUCAAGGUGCUGCUGAGGCGAAGGAGGGAGGAGGAGGAGAAGGGGGAGGAGGAGAGGAGGGGGAGAGAGCAGAGGAGGGAGGGCAUGCUCCUGUAUGGAGGGGUGAGGAUGGUGGUGCUAAUGGUGGUGGUUCUGACAUGGUCUAUGAUGAUAGUGCCAUGUUGCCGUUGGUGGAUGAACAAGUGGUUGUCACACAGCUAUCACAGCAGCAAAUGCAGGUAACCCCCCCUUGUGCUCGUGUGUUGACGUGUCUCAAUUCACAGCAGGAGGGGCAAUUGGUGGGUUCCCCUCUCGUUUUGUUUCGUGUCUUCCUCUCCACCGUCUCGCCUCAACCCCAACCCUCUCCUGCCCACCCCUGCCACUUUCAGGGAGAAGCCCUGAAUCUUCUGAGAUGGGUUUUCAUGCUAAUACUCAGCGUGUCACCCCGCCCCAUCCCUCCUCACCCGGCCCCACCCUUUUUCACCCCGCCCCACCCCUCCCCACCUGCCUUGCCUCAGGAGGACGAAGAAGAAGCCCUGGACCUUCUGAGAUGGGUUGCCAAUAGCCAGCGUGACAACAGUGAAGGCGACAGUGCGAGCGAUGAUGAGCAACUGUUGCUGGGAGAAGAUGUAGCAGGUGGAUCACAGGAGUUUCUGCAGAUAGGGUCUCAGUUCCAAAUGGGUGGGUCACAGGGGUGUUCUCAAGGGGAGAGGAGGCGGGCUGCAAUGGAGCGAGCGUGGGAGGCAUAUGAAGCAUCUGUGGCGGAGGAGUGUGAGGGGAUUCUGGCGAGUGCGAGGGAGAUGGGGGCGGAGUGGGAAAGAGAGGGGGAGGAGGAGGAGGAAGAAGAGACGGAGGAAGAAAUCGGAGAAGAGGAGUUGGGAGAAGAGUGGGAGGAAGGGAUGCAGCAAGGUGUGGGGCAAAGAGAGCUGGUUGGAGGAAGCAACGCACUAGAAGGGAGCGGAAGAGAGGAUAGGCAGGUGCCGAUCCCUCAGGCGCCAGGAAGAAGCGGAACCGAGGGUAAGGGUAAGGGGUGUAUGGACGGAGCAUCAAGAGGUGCUGGUGGGGAGGGACCGGAGGGUAAUGCAGGAGAGGGGUCCGUGCAAGAGGGGGAGGGUGUGGGAGGGAAGGGGAAAAUGGUGGAAAGGGAGAGGUCAGGAGUGCAGGGAAGGAAGGGAGGGGGAGAGGAGGGAGAGGAGGAGGGGUUGGAGUGGAUAAACAAGUUUGUGCGCGGCGAUCUGAUGGCCUGGCAGAUGCACCAGACGGAUGGCGCUAAUGACGAUAGUGAGGAUGCUGAUAACGAGGAUGAUGAGUCUAGAGAGCAAGGUGAGCAGGAAGAGGAGGAGGAGCAGGGGGAGCAGGAAGAGGAGGGAGAGCAGGGGGGCCAGGAAGCGGAGGGAGAGGAAGGAAAGAAGGGAGAGCAGGGAGAGGAGGGAGAGGAGGAGGACGAGAUAGUGAUGACUCCACCAACCACCCGACUGCACCUGAGGUCGCGAAGGAAGCGCCACAAGCAGAGGCUGCAAGGCACUCAUCUCCCCAGCUCUGGCACUGGCACGACCUGUGGGCCUGGGGGAGGAGUGGCUCUCGCUCGUGGCCUUGGGCGUGGGAGAGGUGCAAGUGCAAUGUCUGCUGCUAGUGGUUCGGGCUCGGAGAGGAGCAAGUGUGACAAGCAGAGUCUGCAAGGCACUCAUCUCCCCAGCUCUGGAACUGGCGCGACCUGUGGGCCUGGGGGAGGAGUGGCUCUCGCUCGUGGUUCACGGCCAGAAAGCAGGACGAAAUCCGUGUGUAGCCAGAAGGAGUUGAAGAAAGGAGAGGAGGAGGUGGGCGGAUGCAGGACUGUUGGUAGUGGUAAUGGGAAGGAGCGCAGCAGAGAGGAAAUUCGAGUAGGCAGUGAAGGAGGCAGUCGAAGGACUCCCCAAACCCCUCACACGCCACUGCCACCUGUGCCUGCCUCCUCCCCCUCGCAGCUUCCCGCCACCUUCCUCCCGUCCCGCCACAUCCCUCAAGUGCUUAAAGAGAAGGCUGCAUCCGGCCACUCGUUACAAUCACACUCGACAGAAGAACGGGUGGUGGAUCCGCUGGUUUAUCACAGGGCGCCUCCCUCGUUGCAGCAGUUGAGGGACACGUGGCAGGCCCAUGGCUUGCCACGUGUGCAGUGGCCUGAUGUGUACUACGGUGACGUCAGGGACGUGCCAGAGAGGCAUCCUGUUUUUGGCGGGAAGGAGUUCAAAAUUCUCUCAGCUCACGAUGCUCACCUGCCUCCCUUCCCCUUCGGCCCCUCUGGCCCUCGCUCCCACUCCACCUUCAACACAGCCCCGCCCUUCCUCACUCUCGCCUCACUCACCCCCUCCACCUCUCUUCCCGGAUUCCUCGAUGCACCAGAUAACUCAGCACCCAUCUGCCCCCUUCGCCCCUUCAAUGGCGGCAGCACCAGUACUGCUGUUGCAGCGCCUGUUGCUGUGGCCACUUCAGCAGCUGCAGCAGCUUCAGUGCGUUGGCCCGCCCCUAGGCUGGCUCGGGAAGGGGAGCCCGUACCUGGAGUGCCGAGCCGAGUCGACAGGCUCGGCCGGACGUCGUAUCAGAUUGUGCCGGCUCAGCAGCCCCCCUCUCGGCGGCGGGUGGAGGUGUGGGCGAUAAGAGAAGGGCUGCUGAAGAGGAGGAAGGAUAAGCAUGUUACUUACUCAAGAAGCAGAGGAGAGGAUAGGAGGGGGGUGAGCGUGGAAAGGGGAGAAAUAGCUGUGUCUGCUGGGGUUGCUGAAGCUGAACCUGAUAGAGGUGCCCCUGGCGGCGCUGAUGCUGCUGGUGCUGGUGCUGCUGCUGGUGCUGGUGCUGCUGGUUGUGCUGGUUUUACGGGUUCACCCAAACACGGUCUCCAAUGCAUUGCAAUACAACCAAGUGCAGAGCAGCAGGCGGACUUUGCCCUUGAUCCCAACACAGGCCAGUUGCUCGUUCAAGAGGCAGGUGUGCUGGGCGGGGGAGGAAGGAAGGCCGGCAAGGGUUUGGUGGGUGGGAACCGAAGGAAGGGGGGGGCGGGUUCUAGAGGAGGUGGGAACAGGAGGGAAGGGGGUAGCCGGGGUGUGGUGGCGAGGGGAGGAGGUGGGGGGAGGAAUAGGGCAGUGGGGGACGAGGGGGAUGAGGGCGAGGGUGAGAUGGGAUGGGGAACGUGGAGUGAUGUGGGAAGGUGGAGGAGAGAGGUCGAAGAGAUGGUGGAUGAGGGAGAGGAGAGAGAGGUCAGUAACGAGGAUGGUUGUAACGAGGAUAGAGAGGAGGGUAGCGGACAUGAUGAAGAAGAAGAGGAAGAAGAAGAGAUAUUUGAAAGGCCUGCGUCGCCCAAGUGGAAUGAGGGGCACGUGCUUACAACGCAGCUGCUCUCACCCCCCAUGCAUUCACAAUCACGCCUCAGCUCCAUGCCGCCUCCUCGCAUCCCCCCUUCUCUCCUCCGCAUGCCUACAGCCGCUGGGGCCGCUGCCAGUCCCACCACCACCAACCCUGCUGCUGCUGCUUCUGCUGCUGCUGCUGCUGCCACCACCACUGCUUCUGCUGCUGCUACUUCUGCGCGUGCUGUUUCUGGACAGUCACCAAUAGGAAAAUCAUCUCUCCCUAUUGGAGAGUCCCCCCCUACACCUCCUUCUCCUGCUACCACCGGUCUGAACCCCUCUCAACCUUCACCCACUCUCCUCCAAUCACCCCCUCUCAUCCAAUCGCCCCCCCACACACAGAGUUUCCGACCUCCUCUUCCACCCUUCACCCUGGCCCCCUCCCCUUCUUCUGCGUCUCCUGUUUCUCCAGAAUCGUAUCAUAUCCAAUCUAGCAGAAUUCCAGGUGGAUAUUCAGGUGUUUCUAGGCCGUUCGGUGAACCUGGUACUGGUGUUUGGAAGGGGCAUGCUCUCGGCCAAUCAGGGGCUGCCAGGUGGCGAGAUUUCUCCCAGCUGACCCCAGCAACUCAGGCUGCGACUCCGGUCAGCCAAUCAGGAUUCAGGGAGAGUAAGAAUGGAAAGAAGGGGAGUGGAGAGAAGCAUAUGGUGAGCAUGAGUGCGGAGGUGCUAGCAUGCACCAGAGGGGACUUGCUUCCUGACCCUGCUCUGGACGCGCUGAACCCUGACGCCCUCUCAUCCUGCCGUGUGCACCUGCUAUCCUCUGAAGUUGCCCUCUUGGAACGAGUGGUAGCAGUGGUGAGGGAGUAUGAUCCGGACAUACUGCUGGGGUGGGAGGUGCAGGGGGGCUCCUGGGGAUGGCUGGCAGAGAGAUCGCAGCACCUGGGCUUUAACCUCCUCAAAUCGCUCUCUAGAGUGCCGCCUGUGCACGAUCUGCACCCCUCCCCAUCGCUCCCUCCUAUGGGCCCUUCCCAGUCACCCCUUUCUCCUCCUCUUGCCACUGCUCCUCUUGAUGCUACUCCACCUGACGCCACCACUCUUGAUGCUACUCCACCUGACACCACCACCCCUGACGCUGCUCCGAAUGACGCCACCACUCCUGACACCAGCCUAAACGUCUCGCAGCAGCAGCAGCAGCAGCAGCAGGAGCAGCCAGUUGCCCCAUCCCCCAUCCACUCUUCUCCCCCCAUCCUCUCGUUUCCGCUCUCCCCCUCCCAGUCCGUCCCCGUGCCUCAAGACAUGAGCGCAUGGCACCGUGGGUUCGGAGGAUUUGCCCUCCCCCCUGCACAUGCAGCAGCUGCUGUGCCUGCGGAGGCAGGUGUACAGAUGAAUUCCACCACAUAUGGUGCACAGGUGCAGGCACAAACGCAUGUGCAUGUGCAAGCACAUGCACAGGGGAGUAAAGGGAGGGAAGCUUGUGCUGGUCCUGCCUUGCUGGCAGAUGACCCUUCCACGUGGCCUCUCCUCAUCCCUGCCACGUCAGCUGGGGGAGCAGCAGGGGGGGAAGGAGGACGUUGGGGAGCAGGGGGGAGAGUGGGAGGCGGGGGAUCAGGAGGGGGAGGGGGCGGAGGGGGAACGGGGAAAGGGGAUGAGAGACUGAAUAGAUGUGAUGGACGGAUGGUGGGAGGAAAGGGGCCUCUGGGACGGCCAGGGGAGGGAGGAGAACGAGGAGGGGGAACAGGAGGAGGAGGAGGAGGAGGGAAAGAAGGCGCGACAGGUGACGGGGAGAGGGAGAGGUGGAUGAGAAGGAGAGGGGGAGGCCGCGGGCGGGGGGACGACGACGCAAUUGUAUCAGACGAGUGGGGGAAAACGCACGGCAGUGGCUUGCACGUGGCCGGGCGGAUCAUGAUAAACCUGUGGAGAGUGAUGCGAGCUGAGGUGAAGCUGCCUGUUUACUCGUUCCAUGCGGUGGUGCUUGCUGUGCUGAGGCGACACGUCAAUCGCACAGCGGAGCUAGCACGGGUGUUUGGAAUCGACUUCUUCUCGGUCAAUCGCACAGCGGAGCUAGCACGGGUGUUUGGAAUCGACUUCUUCUCGGUGUUAUCACGGGGCUCGCAGUACCGAGUCGAGUCCAUGAUGCUGCGACUCGCACACUCCCAGAACUACCUGUGCAUCUCGCCCUCGCGCAUGCAGGUGUCGUCCCAGCCGGCCCCUGCAUGCAUACCCCUCGUCAUGGAGCCGGAGUGUCGCUACUACACCAGCCCUGUCGUCGUCCUUGACUUCCAGUCGCUCUACCCCUCCAUGCUCAUCGCCCACAACCUCUGCUUCUCCUCCUGCCUCGGCCGCAUCCCGACCCCCUCCUCCUCUGCUGCUGGCGGUGCCGCUGCUGAUGGUGGGGGUGGUGUUGCUGCUCCUGCCGCUCCUACUGAUGGUGCUCCUGCUGCCGGUGCUGGUGAUUCAAGUGUGGCCACUGCUGCCGCCUCUGCUGCUGCUUCUGCUGCCGCCAAUGAUGCGUCCAGGCAUGUUACCACGGGUACUGAAGGAGAUCCUGGCAACCCGAGUGAUGGUGGAGAGGUGCGACCGGGGGUGCUGCCACGGCUACUAAAGGAGAUCCUAGCAACGCGGGUGAUGGUGAAAAAGGCGAUGAAGAAGCUGCCACCAGGGAAGCAGAGCCGGGUGCCGCACCGCGUGCUGAACGCACGGCAGUUUGCCCUCAAGCUCAUCGCCAACGUGCGCCCGGGUGUGCUGCCACGGCUGCUGAAAGAAAUCUUGGCAACACGAGUGAUGGUGAAGAAAGCAAUGAAGAAGCUGCCACCGGGGAAGCAGAGCCGGGUGCUGCACCGCGUGCUGAACGCGCGGCAGUUCGCCCUCAAGCUCAUCGCCAACGUUACUUAUGGGUACACUGCGGCGUCUUUCUCCGGCCGCAUGCCCAUGGCUGAGCUGGCAGACAGCAUUGUCCAGGCGGGGCGAACAACACUGGAGAGGGCAAUAGCUCUGGUGAACAGCCAUCCAUCGUGGAACGCUCGGGUGGUCUAUGGUGACACUGACAGCAUGUUUGUUCUUUUGGAAGGCAGAACCAGAGAUCAGGCCUUCACAAUCGGGAAUGAAAUCGUUACGGCGGUAACCGCGCUCUCCCCGGCCCCGGUGGCUCUGAAGCUAGAGAAGGUGUACCACCCGUGUGUGCUGCAGACCAAGAAGCGUUACGUGGGCCUUGCGUACGAAUCCCCUGCUGCCACGUGUCCCCCUGUGUUUGAUGCCAAGGGGAUCGAGACGGUCAGGCGGGACGGCUGCCCUGCUGUGAGCAAGCUCUUGGAAAAGUCCCUCAAGAUUUUAUUCUCCACCAACGAUCUAUCGCGAGUGCGAUCCUACCUAGUGAGGCAAUGGCAGCGCAUGCUGCAGGGCCGAGUGUCCCUGCAGGACUUCAUCUUUGCUCAGGAGGUUCGCCUGGGCACCUACAGCACCAACCCCCGCGCGCUGCUCCCCCCUGCAGCCAUCGUCGCUACCAAAGCCAUGCAGAGAGAUCCACGUGCCGAGCCGAAAUACAAAGAGAGGGUUCCGUAUGUGAUUGUGUGCGGUGAUCCUGGGUCUAGACUGGUUGAUUUGGUGGUGGAGCCUCGGGUGGUGGUAGAUUCGCAGUGUCUCCGGCUGAAUGUGGGGUAUUAUAUCACGAGGAAGGUGAUUCCCGCGCUGCAUCGGGUGUUUGCGCUGGUGGGGACACGUGUCGCGUCGUGGUUUGCUGAGCUGCCGCUGUCGCAGCGGGUCGGGCUGGGGAAGCAGCCCCUGCUGACCGGGGAAGAAGCAGUGGAAAUGGGGGAAGUGGGGGAAGAGGGGGAGGGCAAGCAGCAAGGCAUGAGGGUGGGGGAAGGUUCGGAAGCAGCAGGACUGGCUGCGCCUGGAGAGGAGGCAAGGAGUAGAGCACAGGAUGCAGAUGGGUGCUCUGCGGUUCCAAUCUGCAGCUUGUGUAGAGGGCUCGGGGCUGAUCCGAGUAAUGUGUAUGCUGAUGCUGGUGCUGGUCCUGGUUCGGGUGGUGCUGCUGGUGGUGGCGGUGGGGGCAUGUGUGCUUCUACUGUGGGUCAAGAAAGUCAAGCAGGUCAAGCAGGGGAGCUAGUGUGGGAGCUGGUGUCACUGAAGCGCGUGCUAGCAGAGUCAUCCCCAGGAGCCCUCUCUGCUUACAGUGACACCGGGGAUCCGUGCAGUGGAGCAUGGGGGGACAGGGUAACAUGCGACGAGGCGGGUCAGAUCGUGACACUGAACUUCACUGCGGAGGGGCUUACAGGGGCCCUUCCAGGCAAGGAGCUGUCGAGAUUCCGCACCCUACAAAGCCUUGAUUUCCGGCAGAACAGUUUCGCGGGUAAAAUACCCCCGGAAUUGGCAUCACUAACCUCCCUAACUUAUCUGUCUCUGGCGUUUAACAACCUCACAGGCAAAGUCCCCUCAUGGCUCGGUCUCUCCUUCCUCAACCUCGUCGAGUUGCACCUGAGCGACAACCUGCUGGAGAAGCCUCUACCUGAGAGCAUAGGCGGCCUUCAGGCAUUACGAACAAUGGACUUGAGUCGGAACAGACUGAUAGGUAGCAUUCCCCAGAGCAUUCACGGAUGCAACGCUGCCACGCGUCUGAGUCUUGCCUUCAACUCUCUCACGGGCAGCAUCCCGGCAUCCAUUGGAUCAAUGAGCCGCCUGCAAGCACUUGAACUUCAGAGCAACCAACUCUCAGGAUCCAUACCUCAAGAAAUUGGGCAAGCCACCACACUCACUCUCUUAUCUCUCGACAGCAAUCUCCUUUCUGGGCCAAUCACACCGUCUCUCGGCAAGCUGCCUCUUCUUCGUAACUUGACUCUCUCCAACAACCGCCUAGACGGCCCCAUUUCUGAGUCCCUUCAGUAUCUGCCCCUCAUCGCUCACCUUGAUGCGAGCCAUAAUACCGGGAUCAACGGCUCUAUUCCGGGAUCCCUUGCUGUCUUGACCACACUCCAGACACUGUCCCUACAGUACUGCUCCCUCUCCGGAUCCCUCCCGCCCUCCCUCACCCUCCUCCCCCUCCUCUCCACCCUCCACCUCUCCCACAACCUCCUCUCAGGCCCUCUCCCUCCCCUCCUCUCCUCCCUCUCCGCCCUCACCACCCUCCACCUCUCACACAACCUCUUCUCGGGUGUAAUUCCCGACCCAAUCUGUGACAUGCCACGGGUUGCUGACCUGGAUCUGUCGGCCAAUCAGCUGCAAGGGACCAUCCCUCCCUGUCUCGUGGAAAUGCCCACACUCCGGAUUCUGUCAGUCGCAUUCAACAACCUGUCAGGGCCUGUUCCGGAAUUACCCGACGGCAGCGAGCUACAGUUCAUCUACGACCACAACUGUCUGGACGACGCGCCUGAGCAGGCAUGCGCUGCAGGCCUGCAUGCCACCCCUUAUGUGCCUCCCACGUCUGCUCCCAGCAGCAACAGUAGCACCAGCGACGGCAGCAGCAGCACGUCGUCCAACCCACCCCUGGCAUACGUCCUGCUGGCGCUGCUCAUUGUCACAGUGAUCUGUGUUGUGCUCUUCGGUCUCUUUGGCACCGUCCACCACAUCAAAGUGAAAGCCAGCAAGAAGAAGCAGAUGACCCACCUGCCCGAGUUCUCGGUGUCACGCCUCCGUGCGGCAACCAGAGGCUUCUCUACAGAGCACGGUAGAGGGAGCUUCGGGACUGCUUAUAUCGCGUACGACCUCUUUCCAGAGGCCAGCGGAGGGGCAGAAGGAGGAAGGGGGCAUGGCGGUGCAUCGCAUGGGCAUGGGUACAUGCAAGCUAACUCUCAUGCCAUGCCGCCUGCUAUCCCCAACCCAGAGAGACACGGGUUGUUGAAACGAGCUCGCGACCCUGACAGCUUCUCGGAAUCUGCCUUCUGUCAGAAGGUAGCACUGCUAGCAGCAGCAAGCAACAGCCAUCCGUGCAUGGUGCACGUGAGGGGGUUCUGUGCGAAUGGCGGGGAGAGGAUGGUGGUUCUGGAGCUGGUCACAGGAGGCACGCUGCGCCAACGCAUGAUCCGAGGGGAUCUGGACGCGCUGACGUGGCAGGAGAGGGUGCAAGUGGCAGUGGACGUGGCCUCUGCGUUGUAUCACCUUCACUAUAAUCACACGCCGCCCUUUGUGCACCGCGCUGUGACUUCAUCCAAUGUGCUUCUAACGGAGGACAUGACUGCCAAGCUGUCAGACCUAGGUUUGGCCCGAGGCAGCUCCGAUGCUUCGGGGUUUCGUCCGUUGCAGUCGUCCCUCGGAGUGGCGACGACAGCAGAUGUGCUGGCUUAUGGGGUGCUGCUGCUGGAGCUUAUAACGGGGCAGACUGCAGACGGGACAACCCAGAUUGUUGCUACAUCCGCCCCGUUCCUGGACGAUCCACAGAUGAUGCCUUUAAUGGCAGACGCUCAGCUGGGAGGGCACUUUGAUCGGCCACAACUGGAGGUGCUGGCAUCGCUGGCACGCGCGUGUGUGCUGGACGACGCUGCCGCCCGGCCCACGAUGCACGAGAUACGGCAGGCCUAUGAGCAGCACCUUCAGGUGGAUCCUCAGGUGUUUGAGCCCCUGGACGUGGACAUGGGGGAUGUGCCACUAGGGCAUGUUGGGAGAAACUCAAUAUUCCACUAG